AUGGAGGUACCGUAUCUAUCUGUUCAAGACCUACUCGACUAUCUACGAGCAUUCAAUUCGAGGGACUAUGCCGCACAACACGCCUUUUACGCGCCAGACAUCGAGCUGGUUAUCCCAGACCCCGAGAUUGGAACACUUGUCGGAAGUGCUGGCGUCAUGAAACACUACAAUGUCGUACAUGCAGAUGCUGAGGAGAAUGUCAUUCCCCUGGUGGUACUAAGUGAUCGGGGCAAUGUCUUCCUUCAAAUGGAGUCUUAUUUUCGCUACCUCAAGGCGACCAACCAAACUGUUCAUGGCUAUACCGUCGUCCCCGGAGAUGUCACCAAGAUCUCGUGUUGUGCACUCUACGAGCUCGAUAAAGGCAAUAAAAUGAAACGCAUCACCUGUUUCUUGUUUAAACAAGAAAAGCUUGGUCAAGUCGAUGUGGAGGAGAGAAUUCGGGACACUGAAAGCAGAGCACAGCCUGACUUGAAACUCUAG